AACCCCCUUCUGAUAUAUUUUCUUUACGGUCAUAAUACAAUACACAUAAGGGUUGCAUAAAGGGAAAACAUCUUAUCUGUAAAAAGGGGAUGUAAUUUGGGCAUUUUAAUUUGACUGGGCGGGUUUAUUGUAUGAUUGGGCUGAGGACUGUCGUUCCAAUCUGGCAACGCUGAAACUGACAACACAGACAGACUUCCAACUCGCUAAUGAUGGUGUCUUUUGCAUUGUAUGGAAUUUUAACCUUGGGUUAUGUUUUGCUUUGACGGUGAUAAUGAUUUCCGUAAGCUACAUCUUGCUCUGCGGACAGUUUCUUUUGUUACUUACAGUUAUUUUUUUACAAUGUUUGGAUGGAAUCCAUUCCCAAAACUCGUCAACCGCUGAAUCAGCUACCGUUUUACCUGGUCCUGGCUCGACAGCACUGCCUUUCUCUGAGCAGACCUCCGAAACGAUCAAAUAUGAAAUUCAAGAGGAAAAUCCGAAUUACACGGAAGUGUUUGAGUACAACGCUCUGUCACCCGUCGUCCUCUGCAGUUAUUUGCCAGAGGAGUUCAUCUACUGUCAGGACCCCGUAGACCAUGCUGGAAAUAACAGCGCCUAUUUGGAGAUGGGCCACGGUUGUGUAGGGUGGGGAGGCCAGACUGAGAAAGAAGUAAACCACACACCAGUUGUCUGCACUGCACUUGAUGACAUCGAAUGUGCUGGGCCCAGAGAAUUCCUGAGAGGGCAUGUACCCUGCAUCAAAUACACCGGACACUAUUUCAUCACCACUCUACUGUACUCCUUCUUCCUUGGUUGUUUUGGUGUCGAUCGUUUUUGCCUGGGACACACAGGGACAGCGGUGGGGAAAUUGCUCACACUUGGAGGCCUGGGAAUCUGGUGGUUUGUUGACUUAAUCCUGCUUAUUACUGGGGGGCUGAUGCCGAGUGAUUAUAGUAACUGGUGCACUUACUACUGACCAGAAAAGGAAUGCCUUAAACUCUCUAACGCCCAAACCACUAAAUAAUAGUCCAAAAAUUCUAAUUCUUUGAACUUGAAGCCUUUAAUGGCUCAUCAGAGCAAAGGGGAAAAAAAUAUAACUUCUCAUAAAUUUGUGUCAUUUUUGGUUCAUCAGUCACGAUGCUUUUUUUCUUGUAUCAGUAUCAGUGAAAGCAUGUAUCUGACUGUAUCAUCAUCAAAUUUUUCAGGGGAACAAAUAUCACACUGCUCAUGUGAAGGACUGGAAAAACCCAUGUUAACAAAUAUAAUGCGUAUGUCGCUGUUGGGUCCUAUUGGUGAUUUCCCUGGUAUAUCAUCUGUAUGUUUCAGAGAACUUCAAAAGUGUGAUUUCAGGUUAUGUUCACCAUUCUGCAGUUGCCUUGGUUAACCAAGAAAACAUUACUGUAUUUACUAUAUGGAAUGUUCUUACUAGAGAAACCCAAUAUAUGCAAGUCAGAAAACAACAAAAGUUGAAUUCUUCUUGAAUUCAUGUAAUUUGACUUGUAAAUAUGUUCUGCUAUUUCUGUUGACACUGAUUUAUUAAAAUUGUAAAGUUGUGGGUUUGAGCACAGCAUAGAUCUCAAUUUGUUGCAAUAUGUUACAUUUAUUCCAAUGCCCUGUCAACUGAUGACAGCCUUCAACUAUGCUGGUUACAACAUGUACCGUAUUUUCGGACUAUAAGUCGCACCAACCUUAAAUUGCCCAACGAAGAGGAAAAAAAACAUAUAUAAGUCGCCCCGGAGUAUAAGUUGCAUUUUGGGGGGAAAUUUACUUGAUAAAAUGCAACACAUAGGACAGAUAUGUCAUCUUGAAAGGCAAUUUAAAAUAAAAAUACAAUAGAGAAAAACAUGCUGAAUAAGUGUGUACAGUACGAUAAUGUUACAGGAUGAAUGAACAAUGAAAUGCGAAUGUGGCUGGUAUGUUAACGUAACAUAGCUAUUAAGAGUUAUUCAGAUAACUAUAGCAUUAAAACAUGGCAACAAGUUUACCAAACCAUCAGUGUCACUCCAAAAAACCAAAACACCAAAAUAACAUGUGAAAUGAUAUAAUAAUGUGUUAAUAUUUUCACACAUAAGUCGCUCCAAAGUCGCACCCCCAGCCAAACUAUGGAAAAAAAAAAAAAAAAUCUACGACUUAUAGUCCGAAAAAUACGUUAUAUUGAUUCUCAUUGCUGCAAGAUGCACACUGGCCUGCCUUCAAGCUGCACAGGAUAGUAAAAUGUUUGACGUAAGAAUUGAGAUCUUCAAAUGAAAACACAAAUAGUUUUGCUCAGAGAGAAAACAAAUCCCAUCUGGAGAAAAUCCUUCAAGGAGCUAACUAUAAAAUUCAAAUGGCUCAUAUUUUUGAGACUGGCAAUCGCCAACUUGUCCACUACUGAAGUCUCUGUUCAAAUUUUAAAUCCAUCCGAUACCCUUUUUUCGUCUUUUUUUUUUUUUUUUUUUAAAUCCUUGUAGUACUUUUUGUUGGACCAGGGACAUAUAUCUUUUGAAAACUGAGUGCUCAUGCCUAUUGUUCAAAUAGAAAUCAUGUUAUAAUCUUUUUGGAAACCCUUGUAAAUUACAAUAUAUUUUAUUCAAAUGCUCUACAUGACAGGUUUUAGGAUUAGUAUUAUUAUUAUUUUGUAAUAAGAUUAACUUGUUACACAAUUGCAUGACAUGUUGUUGUGGUUGAAUCUGCUUAAAAAUUGAACUGUGUUUACUUCUCAAAUACAUUAGAAUAUUUUGUCAUAUUUCUCCUUAGAAAAUAUAUUGGUGCAGAAUGAAUGUAAAUAUACUGUAUAUAAAUAUAUACAUGUUUAUAUAUAUUUAAAAAAAAAAAAAAAGAAAAGAAAAGAAAAAACUACCCAGCUGCUUUUUGGUGGAUGUUCCUUUUCGCUUUAAAAGUUUAAAAUUAAAAUGUAUAUAGUUCUGUACAAAAACAGACGCAAAAUAUCCUGAAUUUGUGUUCAUUUUCAGUUCAGCCUCAUGUGGUUUGAUAUGUCGGUACAGAUUGGACUGGAGUGGAAAUCAAAUUGAAACAACAGAAUACCAGGCUGACCUCUCAUGUAGCUAAUAAUCCUGACUCAAUAUAUCAACAAAAAAGCAUAUCUUACACUAUGAAAUGCUUAACUUUGUUGCAUCGUCUUUUUCUGUUUACACUCCUAUAGGCAUGUGCCGGUAUGAUUUCUGACUGUAUGAUAACGUUAAGCCAAAAUAUCACGGUUUCACGAUAUUGCAAUUACAGCUCUAAAAUGUGUUACUUUGAGACAUCAGGGUUAAAAAAAAAAAAAAAAAAAAUUCAACCGAACGUGAUUUUUAUUUUUUAAAACAUAUUAGCAAAUUGGAACAUAAGUAUAAGGCUAAGUUAGAAUAUAUACUAAACAAAAUCAAAAUAAAUGCAGUCUUGUAGGUGAGCCUAAACCCACAGCCAAUGCUCAACAUUAUUACCAUCAGAACAAAAAUAAUUGAAUUAUUUUCCAUAAAAAUCAUGUGUGCAUGACUCGUAUUAUGUUUACAUUAUACAUGCUCUUUUUCUGUACACAGACAGUUGCCAGAGAGGGAUAAAAAAAAUGUUUUACCACCGUUAGACACACUAAACACGCUGGAGUUAACUCGCGUAGCUGGUGGGAAACGUUCAUGACAGUGUUUACAAACCUUUAAAUUUGUAUAAAUGCAAAAUCAUAUUGGAGGUAUUGCCUCCUUGGUAGCUACCCUCCGCAAACAUGUUUCACAUGUCGGUUGGCCUUCUUUCUCUAAGCCGCAGUCUAAGUAUUCCCAUACCGGCGAUUUCGUUUUCUUCGAUGGGGAAAAAGUUCAAGAGUUUCACCUCCUCCAGCCAUCGUGUAGCACAGCUGACUCACUUACACUGAGCAACAACAGGUGGGGGAGGGUUGAGCCUUGCAGGUGCAAGCAGGUUUUACCCUGAAUAUCUGGGACAUGAAAAAAAUACCUAAUACCGUAGAGACGGUAUGACGGAAAAAAUUUUUGCAGUUUUGAAACUUUGAUAUUUUCACACCAGAGUAUACCCUGAAACCGGUAAUCGGCACAUGUCUGUUGUUCUUAUUUGCUAAAUAUAGAUGCAUCUCAAGGGCACAACUUUAUAAAAUUAGAUGAGCUGAUUAAAACAUAUGGUGGACCUUUGCAUUUAAUGUGGUACUGAAGAUGUAGAUAACAUUAGCUUUAAAGUAAUGAUAAUGGUGUUACAAACUGCCAUAAGGGCUCAAUUAGUUUUAUGUGUGAACUGCCUUUAAGGGGUUCUAUUCAUUGAGAGAAAGAUGAAGAAAUGCAUAACUAUUUUAUGGUUAUGUAUUACCAUGGAAUGUAGGGCACAUUUGGGCUAUAAUAGAUUUUUCAACUGUUUAAGAGCAUUACAAUGACACAUAAAUCUUUAACACACAUUAACCCAGGUCUUGAAAUAUGGUAACAUGUUUUAAAGUAAUGAGAAGUGAAGUAAUUUGAAGUGGACUGCAUGGCUCAGGCAAUGUUUCUCUCAGGCUGUCUGAAUAAUGGCUAAAGUCAAAGUAAUGGCAGACUGAGGGAAUUCCAUUUCCGAUAGUUUUGUUAUGACUGUAAUUACAGUAGUGAUCAUAUAAUGAAUCACUUUUACCAAAGUGUAGUUAAGAACCCUUAUGUAAGAGGCAAAAGAAAUGAUCAUAUUUAGUGGCUGUCAUUUCGUGUGCUCCUUCAGCAUACAAAUCCAUUAUUCCCUGGGAAAACUCAUAAUUCAUAAUCUCAUUAGAGGGGGUAUGAAUUAAUGAGGCUGUGCAUGUUCGCUGCAAUUUCCUGAUCAGCAUUGGCCUAGUUUUGAAAGUCAAGAACUCUCAAAAGCAAUUCAUUCAACUUCACAAAUACACUCAGAAAGUUUUUAUAAGAACUCGGUGCAAAGUCUUCUAAGAGUUUUCAAUGUUUUCUUCUUAGGCAAGAUUAUGUCCUACUGUUCCUGGGCUGGUUCAAAGUGUAGAAGACCACCUAGGAGAGCUGAAGAGCGUUUGCCUUUACAGUUGAGAAGUUUGGGUUUCGUCAUUUGCCAGUAGGGGGCAGAAGUAUUCCAUGAUUCAUUCCUCUGAUAAUCUUGUGCCACCAAUCUAAAUUGGGGCAGGAGAUGCAGCAGUGAAAAAAAAAUCUUCACUUCCUCUGUAGACCCUGCUGCACACAGGGAAGUCUGCUGCUCUCAAGGUCAGCUAUCUGAGGACCAGUCCUGACCGCAGCUGCUCUCCUCUUUCAAUGAUGACCGCUCAACUAAUUGCCUUUGGGUUGCUUCUGUGACGCUUCAAUUGAAAGUGUGGCAAAAUGACAGCCCCUGAAGACGAGAAAGGAUCCAGCUUUUUAAAGGUCCCAUAUGACUACUGUCAGUGUUGUGGCUGUUUGAGGUGAACUCUCCAUAUCAUGUUUCAUUAGCGUUGUUUCCUCUAAUAGGUAAGCUGUAAUGUGGUCGUAAAGUGAAUAUUUAAACUUCCUCAUUGGUGGUGUCCAUCACAUUUCAUUAAGGGAAAAUAAGCUUUGUUUUGAGUUCACAUUUUUUUAAGUUGUCAACUUGUCAUUGAUGGUGCAUAAUCUAUUAAGAGGAUUUAGAGUUGUUUGAAAUUGAGGUCCGCUAUUAAGAAAUGCUUAAAAUUACAUGCAGAAGAAAGCAUCUUCACUGGUGUUCUGUGAAUGAAUGGGCUUUUAUAUCGAUAAGUCUCUGUGGAUCAGGAAAUGAGGUGAAAUCAACUUGUGUGUACGUGUCCUGUACAUAUAUAUUUCCUUUUAUUCACAUAAACAUACAAUAUAUCUGCUCAAUUCACAUAGUCACGCAUAAUCAUACAU